AUGUGCCGGUGCCACCAAGAAGGGACUAUUUACUUGGGUCCAGAAACAUAUAACCUAUUGUGCGAUAAAUUGGCACCGGUGGAACCGACUACAAAAACAUACGAAGAAUUGGUGGCUAUAAUGAAGAACCAUUUCAACCCGGAACCUUUGGAAAUAGCGGAAAAUUUCCGAUUUCUGCAACGACGCCAAGGAGAGGGGGAGACAGCGCAGGAAUACAUGGCGGCCCUCCAGAAGCCGGCGCUUCAUUGUAAAUUCGGGGACUACUUGCGCACGGCGCUGCGGAACCAAUUCGUUUUCGGCCUGCGGUCGGAAAGAAUACAAGGACGCCUACUCGAAUGCAGAGACCUCACGGUGGACAAGGCAGUAGAAAUCGCAGUCGGUAUGGAAGUUUCGGCGCGGGAUGCGGCACAAUUACAGAAGUCCAACGCAGCGAGCGUGAAUAGCGUAAAUACAAAUAAGAAGCAGAGUAAGGUUAAAUUCCCAAAUAAAAAUCGUAAAACUCAGGUCGACACAAAAGAAAAUAAAAGUCAGAGUAAUAACAAAACUUGCUAUAGAUGUGGUUCAGAUAAGCAUUUAGCGAAUAAUUGCGAUAAGAAAGAGGUAAUCUGUAAUUAUUGUCAAGUAAAAGGUCAUUUAAAGAAAGUAUGCAUGAAAGCGAAAAAAGAUGGUAAUCAAACGAAUCAGAUCGAAGUAAUUUGCCUGGCUGACACCGAGCAUGCGACAUUUCGAGAGAAAUUUAUGGUAAACGUUGAAGUAAAUAAAGUCAAUAUUCAGUUUGAAGUAGAUAGCGGUGCAGCCGUAAGUCUUAUAGGCAAAGAACAAUUCGUGAAGUUUUUCAAAGAUGUACAGAUACAUUCGACUACGCUUAGACUAGUUACAUAUUGCGGUACGGAACUUGAGAUGUUAGAAGUUUCUAAUGUCAGUGUAUGUUACAAGGGUAUUACAAAUAACCUCGAAAUGUAUGUAGUUAAGGGGAAAAGGAAACCUUUACUAGGCCGAGAAUGGAUCAGGCAAUUAAAUGUAGAUUUGGGUGAGAUCGCUCAAGUAGAUACUGAUGAUGUGCAAGCACUUUUAAAGAAAUAUUCGCGAAUUUUUCAGGACAAUAUCGAGAAAAUUACAGGUAUACAAGCUAAAUUGAAAUUACGCGAGGGGACUACUCCCGUGUUCGCAAAAAGCCGAAAAAUCGCUCACGCAUUGCUACCUAAAGUAAAGGAGGAAAUUGAUAAAUUGGUCAAAGAAGGGGUAUUGCGUAAAGUGCAACAUUCCGAUUGGGCUACACCAAUAGUGCCGUUUUUGGUCGUGGACCAGCACCCUUUACCAACGACUGACGAAAUGUUUUCGUCGCUGAACGGUGGUACGGAAUUUUCAAAAUUAGACUUACGGGAAGCGUACCUACAACUGGAAGUAAGCGAAGACAGUAGGAAAUGUCUGGUACUUAAUACACCCUUCGGACUUUACGAAAGCUGUAGAUUAAUGUAUGGGGUUGCUAGCGCGCCGGCAGUAUGGCAGCGCGAAAUAGAAAAUCUGUUACAGGGCAUUGAGGGAGUCGGAGUUUUCUUGGAUGAUAUCAGGAUCACAGCGCCUAACAGGAAAGUACAUUUACAAGGCUUGAGGCGGUACUAA